GUUAUAGACGUAGUAUGAGGUUCAAUUAUUCCGGCAUAUGGAUGGGGCCCAAGAUUACUUUACUACUCUACUACUGCAUAUGGAUGGGACCCUCAUGGCUCAUGGUCGCUCAUGGUUGCCCAUAGGGGUUUUCCUCUGUGUGAAGGAAAAGUAUGACAGUGAAUCAGGCCAGCUACCAAAUUUGCUACCACAUACCGUUUGUUUUGUAUCGUCCGUUUGAUAGCGAGUGGAUGGGCGGAGCUCUGCAGUUCGGGAACGGGUCGUGGAUUGAAAUUCUGGAUCUAUUAAAUGUCUCAUUAUCAGUUGGGCCUCAGCUGACGGACGCGUCUAGAAUCAACUGACCGAUGGCCAAACCUGAGAAGAUGAAGGCCAGCUUUUUGGACAAGGCGCUGAGCCUGAAGCCGCGCCGCGCGGGCAAGCCGGGCCGGCCCCAGUCGGAGCCGGACCCGGAGGAGCAGGCGGAGCAGCAGCACCAGGCCUACAUCAUGUCCAUGAACCCGGACGAGGUGGAGCACGCCUUCGAAAGGAUGCUGGACGAUAUGAACCUGACGGAGGAGAAGAAGACGCCGCUGCGGAUACAGGACAUCGAAAAGAAGCGCAGCAUGCUGUCCAUGCAUUCCAAGGGCUCUGCGCCGCGGCAGCGGAGUCGAUUCGUCUCUCCACACGACUACAUCUCGUACCUCGGCCAACCGGACCUGAGCGUCCAGAAGACCUAUCAGUGCGUGGAGUCGCUGCGAAUCGCGCUCACCAACAACCCGCUGACCUGGGUGCAGGAGUUCGGCACCAAGGGACUCAAACAGCUGCUCUCGGUGCUCAACGAGUGCUACAGAGGGGACAGCAAAUGGGAUCGUAUUCAGCUGGAGUGCGUGCGAUGUCUCAAGUCCAUCAUGAACAGCACCGUGGGUCUGAAGCAGAUGUUGGAGCAGAAGGAGGCGCUCACCAUCCUGGCCCGCUCCAUCGACCCCGCCAGGCCGCAGGUGAUGCAGGAGGCGGUGCGCAUCAUGGCCGCUCUGGCGAUCGUGCCGCCUCGCGGUCAUGCCUGUACCCUGGAGGCCAUCACAAUCAGCGGCGAGUUCAACCAGCGCGAGCGGUUCGCGCCCAUCGUCCAGGGCCUGAUGGACAGGAGCAACGAUCAACUGAGGGUAUCCACCCUGCUGCUCAUCAACUCGCUGGUCAGCUCCCCCGACGACCUGGACUUUCGGUUACACCUGCGCAACGAGUUUAUGCGCGUCGGACUGAUGGACAUUCUGGAGGCGAUGGAGUCGGAACAGGUGGACGACCUACAAACACAGCUGAAAGUGUUCACCGAACACCGCGACGACGACUACGAAGAGUUCUGCCAGCGCUUCGACAACAUCAAGCUCGAGCUGGACGACAUGGAGUCGUGUAUCGAGCUGCUGAAAAACACGGCUAUGAACUCUGCCUGCGAGCCGUACCUGCUUUCCAUCGUGCAGCACAUGCUCUGUAUCAGGGACGACCACAGCGUUAGGGUGGCGUACUUCAAGCUGAUCGAGGAGUGUGUCUCUCAGAUCGUACUGCACAAGUCGGGCGUGGACCCCGACUUCCGUGCCACGAAGCGGUUCAAGCUGGACGUGGAGCCUCUGAUUGAGACUGUGGUGGAGCGCAGUCGCCAGGAGGAGGAGCGGGCCUCGGGCGAGCUCAACCGCCGGCUGGAUGAGCUGCUGACCAGCAAACAGGAGACAGAGGCGCUGCUGGCCUCCACGGAGCGCCGCUGCCGCGAGCUGGAGGCGCGGAUAGCCAGCGGCGCCGGUCCGCCCGGCCAGCUGCAGAUCCCCGCUGGCAUGCCGGGAGUGCCGACCGGCGGCGGCCCGCCCCCGCCCCCGCCGCCCCCGCCCCCGCCGGGAGGAGCGCCGCCGCCGCCUCCGCCGCCCCCGCCACCGCCGCCCGGCAGCAUCCCGCCGCCUCCGCCCAUGCCGGGCAUGGGUCCGCCCCCGCCCCCGCCCAUGCCCGGUAUGGGCCCGCCGCCGCCGCCGCCACCGCCUGGAAUGGGUCCGCCGCCCCCGCCCGGCGCCCUGCGAGCUCCUCAGCCGAUACAACUGCCCUACGGAAUGAAACCAAAGAAAAAGUGGAGCCUCGCCAAAAAUCUCAAACGCGCCAACUGGAAGAAGGUGAUGCCACAACACCUGAAGGAGAAUUCCUUCUGGGUGGGCAUCAACGAAGAGCGACUGGCCGACGAAGACAUUCUGGAGGGCCUCCAGAACCGCUUCUCGUCCAAACCAGUCGCUGUGAAAAUGGACACGGAUGGCGCUAACGCCAAAACGAAACGGACUAAGGAGCUGCGAGUGCUGGACGGCAAGGCUGCCCAGAACCUCUCCAUCCUGCUCGGCGGCCCGCUGAAGCACAUGUCGUACGAGGACGUGAAGCGGGCGAUCCUGCGCUGUGACGAAGAGGUGUUGACCGAAACGCUCACCGAGUCGCUGAUACAGUACUGCCCAACACCCGAUCAGCUGAAGAAGCUGGAGAACUACCGCGCCGAGUACGACGACCUCACUGAGGCAGAGCAGUUCGCCAUCACGAUUGGCUCUAUCAAGCGGUUGUUACCACGGCUAAAAUCAAUGAGCUUUAAACUGCGAUUCGCCGAAAUGGUACAAGACGUCAAGCCGGCGAUCGUGGCGGCAACCGCGGCCUGUGAAGAGAUCAUGUCUAGUAAAAAGUUCGCGCGGAUGCUGGAGCUCAUCCUUCUGAUGGGUAACUACAUGAAUACAGGAUCACAAAACGCGCAGGCAGUCGGCUUCGAGAUCAGCUACAUUGCCAAGUUGAACAACACGAAGGACGUGGAGAACCGCAUGACGCUGCUGCACUACCUGGCCGAGGUGGUGGAGAAGAAGCACCCCGAACUGCUCUCCUUCAUGGACGAAAUCAGCCACGUCGAGCGCGCGUCAAAGGUAUCUGAGGAGCAGGUACGGAAGAACAUGCGGCAGAUGGAGGCGGCCACCAAGAACCUGGAGACGGACCUGAAGAACAACAAGGUGGCCCUCUCUCCUGACGACAAGUUCGUCGACGUGAUGACCGACUUCGCCGUGCAGGCGCGGCAGCAGGUCGACAUCAUCACCACCAUGGCCGAGAAGAUGUCGGAGCUCUUCUCAAAGAUCGCCGACUACUACGUGUUCGACAAGCAGAAGUAUGUGAUGGAGGACUUCUUCGGAGACGUCAACACGUUCGUCAAUCACUUCCAGAACGCCUACAAGGACAACCUAAAGCUGCGCGAGACAGAGGCCAAGAUCGAGCGGGCGCGCGAGGCUAAGGCCAAGGCGGAACGGGAGCGGUCCGAGAAGCAGUCCAAGAAGCAGGCUAUCGAGGCCAUGAUGAACGCGCCUGACGACCAGGAGGGUGUGAUGGACAGCCUGCUGGAGGCGCUGAAGUCGGGCUCCGCCUUCAGCCGGGAACAGAAGAAGAAGCGGCCACCGCGGGCGGCAGGAGCGCGCGCCAAUCGCAUUCCGAUGGGCCGAGAGACGUGCCCAGCUGAACAAAAGUCGUUCGCGCAGUGGCCUGGCCACGUCACCGGGUAGCAGAGAGCUUGUGAGAGGGAUCAGCAACGAAGACGAGCGAGACCACGUGGUCAUCGGCGUCCGGAAGCGGUCCGACCUCGAGGCGCGGGACCGCGUGCGGGACACAAACCGCAUUGACGAAACGAACAAACUGCUGCAAAGGGUAUUGGAGCUGGACUCGUAGCGGGACGGGCGGCGCUCCGUUAGUCUUCACAUAGCGCAGCCCGCGCUGCAGUGCUGCAGUCGGCCAGAGAUAAUACAGAUAGCGCUAGUAGCAUUCACGGUCUGCUGAGGGGUCGGCACAGGUGGUGUGGCCAGGUGCUCUCAGAGGAAGUUCAGGUCUUCCCGUCUCGUGUGGGACGCUGUAGUCCGCCGCUGUGACGCCACUGGCAGCUCUUACCGGGGUGUUGGCCGCCGUCUUCCCGUCCCGUGCUUCUGAGCGGUACCUGAUGUACCUGGCGCGGUGAGCGCGGCCGUCCGCCUGACUGCGGUCUUCUCGGAGUGACAGGGUGACACGCGCACCGGGCCGACGGGCGUCCCGGCCGUGGUGUGGAGUUUUCUCCCGCCGACCGGCCGCGGCCCUGCACGACUGGGCUCGACUGGCACACUGAUCUACCACCACACAGUCCAUGACUGAUCAUUCUACGCGGGAGCCACCACCGAGCCGUCAUUUAACCGUCAUUCUGCGCCCGCGCUGCGGUCAUUUAGCGAUGUGUCUCAUCCAUGCUAUGCAGUGAAGUAAUCCAGCGCUGUGGUUAGCCUUAUCUAGAUCGGCAGGGCGUGUUUAUUCAGAGUGCGGUGCGGCCCCAGCCGGGGCUGCUGCUGGUGCGACCUGGCUGUCAUCUCACCCUGUGCGUGGAUCUGUCGUGCGUCGGAUCGUGUGAAAAGCAUUCCGGCCGCCGGGCCCGUAACCUGUGCCUUGAACAAAGCAUUCCUGAAUGAUAUUUUUGCUAGCGGCAACCCUGUGAUGAUGGUGACCGUGCGUUGUGUUUGGGGCCGUGCGUUUUGGCGAGUUUUACCCAUGCACUGUGGUAUUCCGUCUGUGUCUGUGUGUAUGUGUGCCGUGGCUGCGCGCCGCGUUGUGAGGGGUUGUCGGUGGGGGUCUGUGUCUUCCGGGCGCGCGGAGCCCUCGGCCGGGGUCGAGUGCGGCCGGUCGACCCGGCGCCACACUCGCAGUCUUCCAAGUCCGAGCGGUCGCCGCCGCCGCGCCCGUGGCCGUUACUGUGUCCUUUGACGCGCUGUUGACAUUUUUAUCCAGUGUACUUAAUCACCGUCAUGGUUGUGCGUGUGCCUAUUUUACCCGCUUGUGUGCAAUAACAUGAGCUCGCUUGGUA